AUGGAUCCCUUGUACGAACUCCUCUCCCCCUACUUCGAUAGACCAGCAGCACGCCCUCCUCCAAACGACCCCCAAACGGCAAACUACCUCACCCGCCUCAGCACACUCUCCCUCUCCGAGCUCACAUCCACCGAGCCGGCUUCGCUCCAGCAUUCCGCCCAAUCUCAUCUUCGAAACCUCCAAGCCCUCUCCAAACGCUCUCACCAAGCCGUCAUCGCCUCCACCUCGAAUCUCGAGGAUCUCACAUCAAUCUUGCCGUCCGUCCAAUCGCUCUCAAAAGACGUACACAAUGGCCUUGCACCCCUCGAGAAUGCAGCAACCGCCUUUGCGAGCAAAUACGACCGAAGUAGCGAGAACGCGGUAUUGGAUCGACGGAAGAGGAAGCUGCUGCUCUCGAGGAACGUGGACCGUGUGACGGACAUGUUGGAUCUGCCUGUCCUACUAUCUUCCACCGUCACAUCGGCACAAUCCGCCUCGACAGCCUCCACUUCGACAUCCUACGCCACGGCAUUGGACCUCCAUGCACAUAUCCGACGCUUAAAUGCGCUAUAUCCCCACUCGGAGCUGGUGGGCGGCAUUUCCAAGCAGGCAGACGCCGAGAUACAAAAUCUCGUCUCCAUUCUCAUUACCUCCCUGCAGAGUCCAUCGCUGAAGCUCGCAGGCGCCAUGCGAGCCAUUGGCUGGCUGAGAAGAAUUGCACCCGACCUCGCAGAGGAUGGGUAUAUCCUCAAUCGACCUCAGCCAACAUCCGCAAAAGCAUUGAGUGUAUCCACCAACCCAAACAGCACCGAUGGCGCCCUAGGCUCUCUCUUCCUCGUCUGCCGCCUCCGCACGUUGCACACCACACUUGCCGCCCUCGACCCUCUUCGAGAGCUAGCACAGCAAGAAACGACACAUCGGAAGCAGGGCACUAACGGCAAACUCUCUAAGCAACAAGUCUCCGCCAGCGCGCUCGGCAGUCAAAGCGAGCGCUACCUCAAACGCUACAUUGAGAUCUUCCGCGAGCAGAGCUUCAGCGUGAUCGGGAUGUACAAGAGCAUCUUUCCCUCCGGCUUACCGACGCCUGAGAAGGGCGCAGAUACUGCCAGAGCAGGGCGAGACGCGGCAGCGAGAGGGAGAGAUACGAAGCUAUCAUCACCGCUGUCCUCCUUCGCAUUGCAUCUCGUCAGCACGCUCACGUCCACCCUUCGCGAAUAUCUCCCCAAUGUGACGGACACGCACGCGCGGGAGUCGUUGCUGACGCAGGUUCUCUACUGCGCGGGGAGUCUGGGAAGGCUUGGGGCGGAUUUCGGCAUGAUGAUUGCACUACUGGAGGAGGAGAUGGGCGAUGACGCGGACGAAAAGGAUGACAGCAAUGGCGGCGAAGACACGGAGGAACAUGAGCCCGAAUGGGCGCAGGUGAUGAAGAAGCACCGCAUCCAAGCCGGUAGGCUGGAAGUGCUCGCUCGCGGGGUGGGAAGCGGUGGGCGCAAGGCCAGUUCGGGCAGCGAGAUGAAUGCCCUGCUGUCACCGGGAUAG